UGGCUAAGAUAUUUCGGGCUUUUAUUAUUCCGCCUGACUCGUUGCUGCAAGACACCACAAACCACCACAGCAUGUUUACUGUCUAGCCCCGGGGAUAAAACGAGACCCGCUGAUGAUCCGAUGCUUGACCAAUUCUCACCAACUGCGCCCGCUAAAGUCCGAGUAGUACUGUUACCUAUAGGGCAAAUAAAACGAUCAAGAUUCUUAAGCUUUGUGAAAAGACUUCAGCCUGAACACACUGUCUACCUCGCUGAUGUCAGCCCAAAUGGCCAGCCAAAUAAAAAUAUGUUUUCGCCAUUGGCGUUCCAAAAUGGAAUUAUAGUGUAUGACCUAAUGAAUUUUCAUCCUUCUGAUUUGAGAACCAUUCUUUCACCAUUCGAGCUUUAUCGAGAGCCACUUGUCAUUAUAUCUUUGGCAGAUGGAGCAGGGCUUUGUGAAACCAGAAAUAACGAAUCGGAGCAGGGAGGUUUCCAUGAAAAGGAGAAUUUGCAAGUUCAUAAUGUAAUGCAGGAGUUGAAACAAGAUUUGAUGAACAUUAAAGAACGAUAUGUUAAAGCUCUAGUUCAUCAAAUAUUGAUUUUUGACUACGUAUCUAAUAAUUCCGCUUCACAUCUACCGGAGGAUAUAGUCGCCGUGCCUCCACCUGAAAAAUGUAAUAGAACUACCAUGAAAACAAUCAUGUGUGACGUUUCUUCCAAACUUCUAGCAAAUAUGACAGACUUAGCAAAAUCAAUCCAGGAACUAACCACCCUCGAUUUCUCCAGCUCAUCAUUCUCUAAUCAGGACUCUAAUCAAGCCAUUAUAUUGUCUACGAAAGUAAAAGCUUCGACGAGGCGGAAUUCUGAACUCACUGCAACCGAGAAAACAAGCACAUCUCCUACUCGGAUAGCUGAUCGCAAUCAAUCCCGAAUGUCUAUGCCCGUUGGUACACUAGACUCUAAAAUUUCAUCGAAACUAGCAGGCCAAACAAAACCUCCGACUAAAAGAACUUCAUCAGAUCUUUCAACGACCUCCGAAAGACUGAAAUCUAUGUUGUCUGGGGACACUCAGAAAUCCUAUAGAGCUAGCUCAUCGCGACUGUUUUCCCCUGAUGAAGCUAGCGAAAAAAGCACUGAUCCUGGAAUACAAAGCGAACGUUCUAAAAGUAAAGAGAAGGGUCGAAAACGUAUUGCCAUUGGUUCACUUUAUAUGCAAGCGGGUCGUUGGUCUGAUGCGCUUAAGGAGUUGGUGGAAGGAGCAACGAUUGCAAAAAAUAUACUUGAUCAUCUUUGGCAUGCAAAGGCUUUAGACCAUAUAAUGGUCAGUUUAAUUAUGCUAGCCUGGCGUGGGCUUGACUUUCAAAUACCUCAAAUUUGCUAUAAUUCUGGGGAAAAGCUUUUCUCGUCAAGUUCUCAUGACGAAAGUAAUUCUGCAAGUCGUCGCGCAGGUCGAUUGCGAUCGUUAGCUCUUCUUUUCCCAGAUUUAACUGACAGGAUAUUGAAUCUAUAUAAUAGAGCCUCCACCAAUACUGGUGAAUCACUGCCUCAAUUUUCAUACUCGGAAUCAGUCAUUCGAUUUUCAAAAAUAUUAACUGCUAUUUAUCUGAACGGAGGCUUACUAAAUAAUGAUAUUCUCCAGCAGGCCGUUUUAGGAACCCCAUCUGGAACAACACUCAAUGUUAUGACACCUCGGUUGAAUAUUCGUCCAGCUAGAUCCGAGAUAGCAACGCUUCUUUUUCGAGCAUUUCCCACAGCAUCAAGCGAUAAUUUUUCCGUUGUCGAUAGAAGUAUUAUUUUAAGUGGAAUUGCAGCAGUCCUGAGCUCACUCGGCUAUCGCCGGAAAAAAGCUCUAGUUAUUAGAGAGCUGGUUUCGUACCUAAUUCAUGGUCUGAUUCAGGUCCGGAUCAAAGGGGCAGCCGAAAUGGGGGUUCAUCCUGCAGCUAGUCUAGCAGCUCUUAGCUCAAUCCAACGCAAGAAUAGCACAGAAGGCUUUCUUGAUCUAAAUGGAGACGACCUAGAGGUUGGCGUUGAUGCGUUUCUCGGGUUGCUCGGUCAGAGCUAUGGUGUCGUCUCUUUUUUAGCUAGCUAUGAGCCAAAUGGACAAAUUGAUGAUUCAAACGAAGCAAUUAUAUCCAGAAUCCUACAAAAUUCUUCUGUACGAAGUUAUGGUAAUUAUAAAAUGAAAAUGGAUGUUCUACGCUCAUGUUUAAAUAUAUCAGAAGCAUUACCGGAUUUUCGGGGUAUUCUAAAAUUUACCGCAGACCUCUUGAGGACCGCCGGAAGUGGUGUAGCCCCUGGCCCUCGUUGUAGAGAUGCUUCUCCAUCUAUAAGUUGUGAAGAGCAGAUUAGACUGGCAACAAAUAUUUCUCGCACUUUGACCUCAGCUAGGAAUCUUGGCAUAGAUAAUCUUGAAGCAGAAUAUUGGGAUGAAUUCUUAUUACGUGGUGUUGAAGUUGAAGCCCUUCCCAAAAGCAGGCUCCCCAUUUCGCACACCCCAAGCGAACUACCAGGCGGUACAACAGAUGUCACUUCGCAAGAGAUCAACCCUUUCAUAUAUAAUCCAUUCCUAAGAAUUCCCGACUCUGCGGCUGUCGACUGUCUCUUGAUUGCUGGUGAGACUGCCACUUUUAAAAUAACCCUACAAAACCCUUUUGAAUUUGAAGUUGAAAUAGAGAGUUUGAGACUUCAAUCUUAUGGGAUUGAAUGUGACUCAUCAUCACAAAAAAUGGUUAUUGGUCCAUAUCGCACUCAAAUACUGAGUAUAACUGGUCGUGCGAAAGAACCUGGUCAGCUCAAAAUUGUUGGGUGUUUUAUCAAGAUUCAUGGCUGUCGGGAGCGGCGCUUUCCUAUCUUUGAAGACCCCUGGUCGCCUCAAAGAGAAGUAAAAAUUAGAACGAUUGGUAUUUCUAGUCUCUUCAAGUCAAAAGAAACAAACUCUAUUUCUACAUCACAAAGCUCUCUUGACAACUUCUCGAAUGUAAUUCCUCCGAAGCCAAAAAUAGUUUCAUUGAAUGUGAUAAACAAGCAACCGGUCGUAAUUGUCAAGCACACUACACUGACACAGUCUGCUAUAAUGGUUCUAGAAGGGGAACAACAAGUCUUUUCGAUCACACUUCAAAACAUUUCUGUGGAUACACCCGUAAAUUUACUAUUAUUUUCCUUCAAAGACUCAACCCAAGAACCUCUUCAAGCGAUUUUGAACAACCGUAACUCCGAAGUCACUGAGCUUUAUGAAUGUGAACUGAUACUGACCCGAAAACAAUCGCUGCGAUGGAAGAGAACGGACGAUGCAAUGCCCUUCAUAGCACCUGGAGCUAUGGCAACAUUUGAAAUUGAGGUGUAUGGAAAACCAGGUCUUACUAGUGCCAUCGUCCAAAUCGACUAUGCUUUUUUAGAUGCUCCGGUGGUAGAAAUUCAAGAAAAGUUCUACACUCGACAAGUCAGCGUACCGUUAUCAGUGACGGUGAAUUCAAGCAUCGAACUAGUGGGAGUGGAUGUAAUACCCUUUUCAAGUAGCAUACCUCGAUCUCUUUAUGCCAAUUUUGGCUUACAGCAAAAAGGGGAAUCAUCCUUCAAAUCAGAGGAUUAUUUUCUUCUGCUGUUAGACUUUAAGAAUACAUGGUCAAAUCAGCUUACAGUGUGUAUAGAAAUAGCAAAUCAGGGGUCUAUUGAAGAGCAAAUUCUUACUGGGAAGACGUCGCGGAUUAUGAUUCCUGUCAGACGUAUGUUUGUAGAUCAUAUCUCUGCCCCUAUACCAUCUCUGAAUCCAUCACGCCAGAGGCAGUUCGUAGUUGGUAUAGGAAAUUCAUGGGCUGGAUCUGAAAGGGCAAAACGAAAGGCGUUCUGGUAUAGAGAAGAACUUUUGACAAGUAUUAAUGGUACCUGGUUCUCAAAGUCAAGUCCCCACAGGAAUGGUGUUAUUGAUUUACGAUCCAUGAAGCUUACGACUAGAAUGAUAGAAGCUAUUAAAUUUGACGACCUAGAUAUACAUCUCAGUAUUGGGUCAAAUCUACAGGACAGCAAAGUUGAACUUUCAACUGGUAACUUUUCAGAGCUUAAAAUUCAAAUCAUCAAUAAAACACCACAAUCAAUAUCUUCUAUUCUUCGGCUUCAGCCAUCAAUGCGAAACCAGGCGCAACACUAUCCACAAGAAAUUUCCAAGCGAUUUGUAGUUAAUGGCUUGUUACAGCAGUGCAUACCAAAAAUACCUGGCGGAGGUAGUAUUGAAUUACGUGUUGGAUUCAUAAUCCUCGCGCAAGGUGAAUAUGAGAUUAAUGCCGUACUAGAAGAGACUCGUCUCCAAGAGUCAGAAGAUCAGACUGUCUCUAGUAAAUCCAACAUUGAAUCACAAGAUCGUGCUUCCGAAAUAAUUAACGUUGGUCUCGGAACGAAAGAAAGACAAAUAUGGCAUCUGAGAAAACCACUUUUUAUUCUUGUACGAGAUCAAAAUGCAGCUGAUGAUGAAUGA